AAAGACAGAAAUGAAAGACAAAUACGGAAUAAAGAUGAAUUACAUGAAAGCAUGGCGUAGUAAAGAGCGAGCACAAACCCAGCUACAUGGAAAUGCUAAAGAGUCGUACAAUCUCUUGCCUAGAUACCUGUACAUGCUACAGAAAACAAAUCCAGGAACAUUAAUAGACAUAGAGAAAGAUGAUGAUGACAGUUUCAAAUAUGCAUUUGUUGCAUUGAAUGCUGCUAUAAAAGGUUGGCCAAACUGCAAACCAAUCAUCGUGGUAGACGGUACAUUCCUAAAGGCCGCGUAUGGAGGCACGUUGCUCACUGCCAACACACAAGAUGCAGAAUCUAAAAUUUUUCCACUAGCAUACUGCAUAGUUGAUUCUGAGAACGAUAAAUCGUGGGAGUGGUUCUUAAAAAAAAUAAGAGAAGCAUUCGGGGUUCGAGAAUGUCAAUGCCUAAUAUCAGACAGACAUGAAAGCAUCAUCAAAGCAACUAGGAAAGUGUUCCCUGAAAUAACACAUGGCUACUGCAUCUUCCACCUCUUGUCGAACCUCAAAACAAAAUUCAAGAAAAAUGCAAAGCAUUUCAGAGUGCCAUUCUUUGCAGCUGCAAAAGCUUACACAGAAAUGGAGUUUGAAUUCCAUAUGAGGGAGCUAGACAACUUGGAUAAGCGCAUAAGACCGUACCUGGAGAAAAUUGGCCAUGAAAAAUGGUCAAGGUAUCAUUCAGAAAACAACAGGUGAAAACUAAUAAGAAGGAUAAAAUUAAUGAUAUGUUCACCUAUUUAUAGCGUUGUAUUUGCGUUGUUUUUGCGUUGCG